AUGGGAUAUAAAGACCAACCGAUUGGCACUCGUGCUCCGUCCACUAUUCCGGCUGUAGCUUCUGACAAGCGGGAUGGCGAAGCUGAAAUUUCCAUGAAAGAAGACGAUGCCAUAAAUGUUGCCGCAGAGAGGAGGUGCGAUUUACACAUUUCCCAGCCGCAAAUCUAG